GUCUGCGUGCAGUGUGGUGUAGUGGAGCUCGAGCAGCUUCUCCCGAGUGUGAAGGAAACAACACAAACCGCAGCCUCAGGAGCAGUCUGCGCAGGUGGAUCUUGUGUUGAGCUUUGUUUUAUCUGACACAUGCAGUAGAUGAUCCACGUAUAGCCUGAAGGCUGCACCGCAACAAUGCCAGAGUCCUCAUCGGUCAAGGACAUUCGCUGCAGCUCUGCUGAAUGUAGAACAUCCCCCUUGAGGCAGUUUAGCCAAUCAUCGCUGCCACUGCACAGAAACUACGUCCUCAGUACCUUCUGCACGGAGCACAAUGUGCAAGCAUGUCUAUCGCACAUCAAUCAGGAGAUGUCAUCUCUUGGCCUCCCACCACUUUGGAUGGCGUCUGCUGGCAGCUCAGAGAUAAAUGUUGUAGCUGUCCUAAAUUGCAUGUAUGACCUGAUUCAGCUGCAUCGCAGGGGCGUGCGAACCCUGGAAAACCUGGAAGUGGAGCAUCUCAAGUCCAGCAGCAAUGUGGACUUCCUGCGGCUCACCAGCACCCAGCUAAAGACUGACUCAGAGGAUGAAGAAGAAGUGUUUGAUUCCAGUAAGGAAAGCGUAGAGCUGUAUUGUGCUCAUGCUCGGGAGAAGCUGACCAAUAGUAUUCGCCUCCAGUGGAGAAAACUCAAGAGCCACAUGGAAAGACUGGACAGCCAAGCUUCUUUGGCACAGAUGAGUGAGAGUAAAAACACUGAUGCUGUUGCACAAGAGACUCAGGAGGAGGAGAUGGACAGACUGAAGCUGGAGAUCCACCAGUGCAAAGACUUUAUUCAAACACAACAGCAGCUGCUGCAGCAGCAGAUCAGCUCUCCUUGUGAUGAGGAGACGGGUUCUUUGCUGAGUGACUGCUACGUGUCUCAGGGGAAAGAGCGUCUCAGAGAGGAGUGGAAGACCUUAGAGGAACAGAGGAAGAUCUUUGAGAGGGAGAGGAGAAACUUUACAGAAGCAGCCAUAAGACUGAGCCUUGAGAGGAAGACCUUCGAGGAGGAUCGUGCAACAUGGCUCAAACACCAGUUUUUAAACUUGAGUCCGUUUGCAGAAACAAAGAAACCCCCGAUGUCAAAGUCUAAAAGUGCCUUUUUAAUAUCUGAAUCGGAGGGGAGUGCAGCCUUAUCCCCGGAAAAGCUUGUCAAAUGCCAGUCUGACACAACCUCCCCCACACACAGAUGUUUCUCAUUCACAUCACCAUCCACAGACGACUUGUGUCGCACCCUUCGCCUCAUCCCAGAAAUCAGCUCAACCAGACCAAAGACUGAGCGUGUUGAAGAAUCAAACAUCUUUUGCAAUGGAACUGAUCCAGUUCAGCACAAGUGGUGGAACAACAGUAAAGAUCCUCACACAGGAAAUGAACAGCUCUGUGACACGCCAAAAAGUCUUAUCAUCUGAAUCACGGUUUAUGUGAAUUUGCUCUGAACAAACUCAAAGGAGUUGCGUUCCAAGUCUGUAGUUCUGUGUGACAAAGAGAAAAUAGUAGUUUAAAUGUUUCUUUUGUACAAGCUCACAGUUUUAUCGUUAGAAUUUAUGAUGUAUGUAUUGAUUUAUUUACUUUGAACUGCUAAACUUGCUUUGGGAGUCAUAUCUCACAUCGAUUCCUUAGACUUAAGGUAACAUGUUUUAGAAAUGCUGGGUCUGCAACAAAAGAUUUUGCUAGCUGUACAUAUCAGUUUAUGCUGCACCUACAAAUUGGCAUUUAUAUCAAUUUAUAACUAAUGUUAUGUUAAAUCUGGUGUUAGGGACAUUACAUAUGAACGUCCUUUGAAUCUGGCGUCAUCCUGUCCCCGUCCAUGCGGGUAAUAAUGCGUUUUACCUCAGCCAGUAAUGAAUGGUUUGCCACAGCAGUGUUAUUUCAGUGCCUGUGGCUGAAGAGAGGUAUCUAACUGUCCAGAUAAAAAAAGAAACUCAAUGUGCAAAGGAAGGAUUACAAUCUAAUAAUUUACAAUAAGGACAAACGGAACACUCAUAUGGCUUUUCCUCAUUGGAGAGCACUGUUUGUUAAUUACUCCCAAUGCCUGAGGGGGAAGACAAAAGUUCUGCACUGCAGGUUUAAGCGUGUCGACUGUAACAGAGUGAGAAUGUAACUUUAAUGCUGUUUAUAUUUUACAACAAACUGUAAAAUAUGAAUUAUGUGUCUGUGGUUU